UGCAAUUCAAAACCCACAACACACACACACGCACAAAUGGUUGUAGGAGAUCUAGGAGAUCUAGGAGAUUCUUUAUUUGCUAUUAUGAUUGAUGAAUCUCGGGAUAUCUCAGUUAAGGAACAAAUGGUUGUAGCUUUGCGUUACGUUAAUAAAAAAGGGCAAGUUAUUGAGAGGUUUCUUGGUAUGGUUCAUGUUUCUGAUACUAGUGCUUCAUCAUUGAAAUUAGCUUUGGAGUCAUUAUUGGCAAAGCAUAAGUUGAGUUUGUCAAGGAUACGUGGACAAGGGUAUGAUGGAGCAAGCAACAUGCGAGGUGAAUAUAAUGGUCUCAAAAGCUUGAUAUUGAAAGAGAAUUGUUCUGCAUUCUAUAUUCAUUGUUUUGCUCAUCAACUCCAAUUAGCUCUUGUGGCAUUAGCAAAAAAGCAUUCUGAAAUUGCAUCAUUUUUUAAUCAAGUAGCUACUUUGUCUAAUGUUGUUGGAGCAUCAGCUAAGCGUCGAGAUAUUCUUCGUGAAAGUCAAAUUGAAAAGGUGGAUGAAGCAUUGAAAGAAGGAGAAAUAUCUAGUGGACGUGGCUUGAAUCAAGAAGCUACAAUUAAGAGGGCGGGGGAUACUCGAUGGAGCUCACAUUUUGGUACGUUACUUAGCAUAGUUUCUUUAUUCUCUUCUAUGAUUGAUGUGCUUGAUGUGAUUGAGGAAGAUGGAACAAGCUUAACGAUAAAAGGAGAUGCAAUGCUUUUGUUGAAAUAUAUGCAAUCUUUUGAAUUUGUUUUUAUCUUGCACUUGAUGAAAAAAGUCUUGUCAAUUACUCAUGAGUUAUCUCAAGCAUUACAAAGAAGUGAUCAAGAUAUUGUUAAUGCCAUGAAAUUAGUCAAAGUGUCCAAACAAAAGUUACAAACUAUAAGGGACAAGGGUUGGGAUUCUUUGCUCAAUGAAGUUUCAUUAUUUUGUGACCAUCAUGAAGUUGUCAUGCUUAAUAUGGAUGAUACCUAUCAGACAUAUAAAAAGUCAAAGCGCAACUUAGAGAAAGUUUCUAAUUUACAUUACUUUCAAGUUCAAUUGUUCUAUCAAGUGAUUGAUCGACAACUACAAGAGUUGAAUAAUCGUUUUACAGAAGUGAGUACUGAGUUGCUUCUUUGUGUUUCUUGUUUAAGUCCAAGAGAUUCAUUUUCUGCAUUUGAUAAGGAGAAGUUGCUUCGUUUAGCUCAAUUUUAUCCUUCAGAAUUUUCUCCUAUUCAAAUAUUAGCUCUCGAUUCUCAGCUUGAAAAUUAUUUCAUAGAUGUAUGGUCUGAAGAUGCAUUUUCAGAAUUAGAGGGGAUUAGUGAUCUUAGUUUAAAGCUAGUGGAGACAAGAAAACAUAUUGUUUAUCCGUUGGUAUAUUUGCUUUUAGAGUUAUCUUUGAUACUACCUGUGGCAACUACAACAGCUGAAAGAGCUUUCUCUGCUAUGAAGAUUAUCAAGAAUGAGUUGCGAAAUCGCAUGGGAGAUUCAUGGUCAAAUGAUUGUUUAGUUACUUAUAUAGAGAAAGAUGUUUUUAUUGAGGUUGAAAAUGAAAAAAUCAUUCAAUCUUUUCAAAAGAUGGCAAGUCGUAGAGAACAUUUGUGAUGUAUAUUUUUACUCUUCAAAAUGAAAUGUAUAAUAUAUUUAAUGCUACAAAUUUAAAUAUAUGGU